AUGAAGUUUUCCUCCGUCCUUCUGGGCGUGGCCCUCUCCGCGGGCACUGCUCUCGCCGACGUUGACCCUAUCGUGAUCAAGGGUUCCAAGUUUUUCUACAAGACCAAUGGCACCGAAUUCUUCAUUCGUGGUGUUGCCUAUCAGCAGUCUUAUACGGGCGGCUCGAGCACGGAUAACAACAACAAAUAUGUUGAUCCUCUGGCUGACCCCGCUACCUGCAAGCGCGAUAUCCCGUAUCUGCAGGCGCUGCGUACCAACACCAUCCGCACCUACGCCAUUGACCCAAAGGCGAACCACGACGAGUGUAUGCAGAUGCUGCAGGAUGCCGGCAUCUACGUCAUUUCGGACCUCUCCUCGCCUGCGGAGUCUAUCAAUCGCGAUAGCCCUGAGUGGAACGUCGACCUCUACAACCGCUACACGAGCGUCAUCGACGCCUUGGCCAAGUACCCUAAUGUGAUCGGUUUCUUUGCUGGUAAUGAGGUCUCUAACAACCACACCAACACGGACGCCAGCGCUUUUGUCAAGGCCGCUGUGCGUGACAUGAAGAAGUACAUCAAGGCGAAGAACUACCGCCCCAUGGGCGUUGGAUACGCCACCAACGACGACUCCGAGAUUCGGGUGAACAUGGCCAACUAUUUCAACUGUGGCCCGUCGGAAGAAUCCAUCGACUUCUGGGGCUACAACGUCUACUCGUGGUGCGGUGACUCCAACUACCAGAAGUCCGGUUAUGAGGCCCGCACGCAGGAAUUCUCCGACUACUCAGUCCCCGUUUUCUUUGCUGAGUACGGCUGCAACGAGGUCCAGCCCCGUAAAUUCACCGAGGUGGCCGCCCUCUUUGGUGAGCAGAUGUCCAAGGUCUGGUCCGGUGGUAUUGUCUACAUGUACUUCCAGGAGGAAAACGACUAUGGUCUGGUAUCUGUCUCCGGCAACACUGUCAGCAAGCUGCCCGACUAUGACUUCCUUUCCAAGCAGAUUGCCUCGGCAACCCCGACUGGCGUGAACAGUGCAGCCUACACCCCAACCAACACUGCUGCGCAGGCCUGCCCGACCAUUGGCAGCAACUGGCAAGCUAGCGAGAAGCUCCCGCCGAGCCCGAACCCGGAUCUCUGCGAGUGCAUGGUGAAGUCGCUGAAGUGCGGCGUCAAGGAUAACGUCUCUGACAAGGAUAUUGGCAAGCUCUUCGGCAUCGUCUGCGGGUACGACGGCAUCUGCGACGGGAUCAGCGGCAACGCGACCUCGGGCAAAUACGGCGCGUACAGCAUGUGCCAGGCGCGGGACCGGGUGUCGUUCGCCAUCAACCGGUACUACGAGCAGCAGGUGGCCAAGGGCAACGGCGAUUCGGCCUGCGACUUCGACGGCGCCGCGGAGCUGAAGUCCAGCAGCAGCACGAGCGGGACCUGCGGUACCCUGCUGAACGAGGCUGGCGUCGAGGGCACCGGCACCGUCACGUCCAGCCCUACCAGCCCUGGCGGUUCUGGCGCGGCCAGCACGGGCAGCUCCAGCUCCUCUUCUGCGGCUGCUCGCCCCAUGGCCGUUCCCGGCAGCGUGCAGGUCGGCAUGUGGCAGUUUGGCGCGUACAUCAUCACUGCGGUGAUAGCCGGUGUUGGUAUGAUUGUUCUGUAA